CCGUGCUGAGUGGGCAAGGCAUUAUUGUUUUUUCCCUCCCCCAACAGAUUUCCAAUGGCGAUGCAGAGCUUCGAUAAGCUGCCCCUGGAAAAUGCGCUGGAGGAUUCGCCGCAGCUGCGAUCUCUGGUUGGUGUGUUCAGUGAGGAUGCCCAGGCCUUGCGAGACUAUGUGACCACCUUGCACCAGCUGUCCUCCAAGCUUGUUGCAGCACACAACCAGCUGACUUCUGCUUACCAGGAUCUAGCAAAACACCUCAAGGCUUAUGGCACCAUUAAGUUCCCAGUGAAUGGUGAUGCUGAUGGUGUAGUUGCAUCAACACUUUCACAGUUUGCCAAACAUGUGUCUGAAAUGAGUUCUUGGGAGCACAUUGUGGCAACACAGAUUGCAGAUGGAGCAGUUUAUCCUCUGUCAAGAUUUAUUGAUACUGAACUCCAUGAGAUGGAAACUAUGGCAACUCUGUAUCAGAAUGCUGGAACUGACUUGGAUAGGGCCAUUACAAGGUACAGUCGUUGCCGCCGUCGGGAUCCAGAGCAGGAACACCGUGAAUCAAAUGAGGAUGUGUAUGUUUCGAAAAAAAAAUUUCACCAGAUGGCUCUUCAUUAUUAUUCAAAGUUGAACCUGCUACAGUAUUCAAGGAAAUCUGCAUUGCUUGAGCCUAUGCUGGGACUCUUGGUAGCCACAAGAGCACACUAUAAUAUGGGUCAUGAUGCUCUUGUGACCCCUGAAGUGGAGGACUUCUUAGCUGUCAUUGAAGACCAAGCAAAGGAAAGAGAAGACACACUGGAGCUGAUAGACUCCAUCAUUACACAGUCACAGCUGAUGUACUAUGCGGAACCACCUCCAGACAUCGCUUCAUUGCCACCCGAUACAACCCUCACCAAUAAAGCUGGAUAUCUCAAUGUUCAGAGAAAGUAUAUGGGUGUGAUGAGCUCCUGGGAGAGGCAGUUUGUGUUCCUGGAGGGAGGAAACCUUAUGAGCGUUGUGAAGGGCGACGCAGCCGGGUCGCUUCUCUUAGAGGUGGACUUAACUACCCUCGUUCAUGCUACAGACACAGAUGAUCGGCGCCAUGUCUUCCAGGUUGCUACUAGUAAAAAGUCCGUAACUCUUCAGGCACUCAAUGACCGCGAGCGCGAUGAGUGGAUGUUGACAAUCCAUAACUUGGCCAAGGAUGGAGGAUAUGUCAAGGAUGAGAAGGCAGCCCCAGCCUCUCUGUUCUCAGGAGUCGGCCAGUUCUUUGCUGACAAGUUCCAUGCUGCAUCAGCUGCAAUAGGCUCAGCUCCUUCAACACCCACUACAGCAAGUGCAUCACCUCCAUCAGGCACUGCAGCUUCUGCCACAAUGCCACAAGCAGCAGCAAUUCCCGCUGAUGCUCCUAUUGUGUUUGAUCUUCUCACUUCCCCCGAGGAAACUUUCACACUUAAUCUCGAUAGUCAGAAUGACAGCGAACAAGAUGUCACAGAUGAUGGUGCCGAGGGCAAAGUCGUAAAACAAGAAACUGAUAAAUUCUUCACAGUCCGCUUCCUUGGGUCUAUGGGUGUCAAUGUUGAUAAAGUUGUAUCUUUCAUAGAUGGCCAGGCUGUGGUGUGUGAGGUGAUGCGCAGGAUUUUGGCAGCCAGAGCUAUCCACAACGUCUUCUCCACCAUGGAGCUGCACCUCUCCACAUCGCAGUCACACUUGAUUCUCUCAGAGCCUUCAACGGGCAAUGUUUGUCUGCGACAUAGUCUGAGCGAUGUUGCUUAUUGGGCAGCUCACAGUGAAAAUCACAAGCUAGUUGGUUACAUUGUGCGACAGCGGGACACUGAAGGCACUGACACCGCUAGCUUUUCCUGCUAUGUGUUCGAGGCAGAGGGCAGUGGAACAGAAAUCUGCUGUGCCCUUGGCGUAGCAGCAAAGACAGCUUACCACCAAAUCGUUGAGAAGAAGACGCAGGAAAAGAAGAGGAAACAGGAAACAAGACUCCUUCUGGCCAAUAUUGCUCAACUCCCAGAUAUAGACGAUCCUCCUCAGGUGAGCUCUGAUGGACAGUUCCUCAUUCUGGAUGGAGACCUACCUGGCUCAACCCCAAGAACACCUCCUGUUUCAACCAAGAGCAGUCAGAGCACCCCUGCUAGAGACCCCAGAAAAGUGACCCAGGAGGAGGAUCCAGAGAGUGAAGCAUAAGAGGUUUAUCUGGGUAGACCUUAAACC